AAAUUGUGGGGCUCCAGCCUGCCCCUCGGACUGACAGGUGCUUUUGAAGACACUUCAUUUGCUUCCUUGUCGAACCUCGUCAAUGAAAACACUCUGAAGGCUAUAGAAGAAAUGGGCUUCAAGCGCAUGACCGAGAUCCAACAUAAAAGUAUCAGGCCACUUCUGGAAGGCAGGGAUCUUCUGGCAGCUGCGAAAACAGGCAGCGGCAAAACCCUUGCUUUCCUCGUCCCUUUGAUCGAGCUCAUUGUCAAGUUGAAGUUCAUGCCCAGGAAUGGAACAGGAGUCCUGAUUCUCUCCCCUACCAGAGAACUGGCCAUGCAGACCUUCGGUGUUCUGAAGGAACUGAUGACGCACCAUGUUCACACGUAUGGGCUAAUCAUGGGUGGCAGUAACAGGUCUGCUGAAGCGCAGAAGCUCGUCAAUGGCAUCAACAUCAUCGUGGCCACCUCAGGCCGGCUCCUAGACCACAUGCAGAAUACUCCAGGGUUUAUGUACAAGAACCUCCAGUGUCUGGUUAUUGAUGAGGCUGAUCGAAUCUUGGAUGUUGGGUUUGAGGAAGAAUUAAAGCAAAUUAUUAAACUUUUGCCAGUACGCAGGCAAACCAUGCUCUUUUCUGCCACACAAACUCAAAAAGUUGAAGACUUGGCAAGAAUUUCUCUGAAAAAAGAGCCAUUGUAUGUGGGUGAUGACGAUAAAGAGGUUGCCACAGUGGAUGGGCUUGAGCAGGGAUAUGUUGUGUGUCCCUCUGAGAAGAGAUUCCUUCUGCUCUUCACAUUCCUUAAGAAGAACUGGAAGAAGAAAGUGAUGGUCUUCUUUUCAUCGUGUAUGUCUGUGAAGUACCACUAUGAGCUACUGAACUACAUUGACCUGCCUGUGUUGGCCAUCCAUGGAAGGCAAAAGCAGAAUAAGUGAACAACCACGUUCUUCCAGUUCUGCAAUGCAGAUUCAGGGAUACUGCUGUGCACAGAUGUGGCCGCCAGGGGGCUGGACAUCCCGGAAGUGGACUGGAUUGUUCAGUAUGACCCUCCCGAUGACCCCAAGGAAUACAUUCAUCCUGUGGGUAGAAUGGCCAGGGGCCUGAAUGGGAGAGGGCACGCCCUGCUCAUCCUACGCCCUGAAGAGUUGGGUUUCCUUGGUUACCUGAAGCAAUCCAAGGUUCCAUUGAAUCAGUUUGACUUUUCCUGGUCUAAAGUUUCUGAUAUUCAGUCUCAGCUGGAAAAGCUGAUUGAAAAGAACUACUUUCUCCAUAAGUCUGCACAGGAAGCAUACAAGUCCUACAUUCAAGCGUAUGACUCACACUCCCUCAAGCAAAUCUUUAAUGUGAACAACUUAAAUUUGACUCAGGUCGCUCUGUCUUUUGGUUUUAAGGUUCCUCCUUUCGUGGAUCUGAAUGUGAGCAGCCAUGAUGGCAAGCUUAAAAAGAGAGGAGGUGGUGGUGGAUUCAGCUACCAGAAAACAAAGAAAGUGGAGAAGUCCAAGAUCUUUAAACACAUCAGCAGGAAGACCACAGACCGUAGGCAGUUCUCCCACUGAAAGGAACGGCUUUCCACCCGGACUGACUUUGCCCUAAUUUCCCCUUUCUCUUUAAAAAUGAACUUUUUCAAUCACCUUUAGGAUCUUUCUGCCUUUAUUAUGAUAAUAUUUUAUUUUUAAAUACUCCCAUAAACAAACCAUGUCAUUGUUCUAAUGCCUUUUGUACCUUUCCCUUUUGCUAUAAGGAGGGUCACGGUGAUGUAACAAAAAAAAAAAAUUGUGGGGCUCUUCAGAGGACUCGAGUUCAGUUCUCAGCACCUAUAUCUGGUGUUUCAUAGCCACCAUAACUCCAGAUCCAAGGGAUCUGACACCUUCUUCUGGCCUCUACAAGGCGUGCUUGCCUGCGAAAAACCAAAAAGAAUAGAGCAUCACUAGAGUGAUCAUUUCUUUAAAAAAAAAAAAAAAUUCUAAGUAUUUCUAAGUCUCUAAUAGAGGGACAGCCUCUGAAAAAUAAAAUGAACUUUCAGGGUAGACGAUUACCAAAGGAAUGAAAGAACUAAGAUGUGAUAGUAUUGAUAGUAUUUCUCAAAAUUCUCCACUUGAUUAGAGUAAUGCCUUUAGUACUGUGAACCAAAACAUGCACAAUUAUCUGUAACAUAUAAAUGUAUAAAGCAUAUACAAUUAUAUGCCACAGACACAUGCUCACAAGAUGGUAACAAAUGUCUUACUAAAUACAUAGUACUUGCUAUAUAUCCUAUUAUUGGGAGGUUGGCACUGAGACAGGGUCUAUUUAUAUAUGAAGCCAUAACAGUCAGGAUCUUCCUACCUCAGCGUCCCAGUUCUUGGAAUUACAGAUGUAUAUCAUCAGGCCCAAUUCUAUAUCCCUUUUAUCAUUUUAUUUAUUUAUUUAUUUAUUUUGUUUUUUUUGAGACAGGGUUUCUCUGUGUAGCUUUGCGCCUUUCCUGGAACUCACUUGGUAGCCCAGGCUGGCCUGGAACUCACAGAGAUCCUCCUGGCUCUGCUUCCCACGUGCUGAAAUUAAAGGCAUGCGCCACCACCGCCCAGCUUCAUUUUAUUUAUUUAUUUUAUUUUAUUUUUUUGAGACAGGGUUUCUCUGUGUAGUUUUGGUGUCUGUCUUGGAUCUCGCUCUAUAGACCAGGCUGGCCUUGAACUCACAGAGAUCUGCCUGCCUCUGCCUCCCAAGUGCUGGGAUUAAAGGCAUGGGCCACCACUGCCUGGCUUCUAUAUCCUUUUUAAAAAUUUGGCUAGUCACUAUAUAAUUGAAAGCAAUUUCACAAGUGUUAAUGGGUUACAGAGUAUACAAUUAUUGGCCUGACAUUGUGGCGAACACCUUUAAUCCCAACAUUCAGAAGGCAGAGGCAGGCGGAUCUCUGUGAGUUUGGGAUCAGCCACAUAAGAGACACUGGAGAAAGCAGGGAGGGAGUAAAGAGAGAACACUAUUUAUUUGGAAUCUGAGCACAUGGGAGGCUGAAGCAAAAGAUUAAAAGUUGGAGGCCAUCUGAGGUACAUAGUGACUAUCCCUCCCCCCUUCAAAAAAAAAAAAAAGGAAACAAAGACUGAGAUAAUAAGCAAUUUAACCUUCCUGGGUGUUCCUUUCACAGAAAAAAAGGGAAAGAGGAUCCAAGCAUUGGUUUGAGGGACUAAUGAGGAUGGCCAGGAACUACGUGAUCUAACUCUAAUUGUCUCUGAGCUCACGGUCACUAACAGAUAGGUAACAUUGUUUUGUGUUCUGAUAAAUAAAGCUUGCCUGUAGCAUCAGAGAAGCAGAGCAACCCACAGUAACUUCUUACUUCUAUGGAAUGCUCAGACUGAAAGGGCCGGCCUUGUCUCUAUGAAUCCUCAAACUGAAUGGGUGAAUCAAUACAAAUCCUCUUUCCACCUGCCUUAUAUUCCUGUCUCUAGUGCUGGAAUUAAAGGCAUGUGCCACCACCAACCAGCUGUUUCUCUUUUAAACUGGUUAAAUCUCCUGUAGCCCAGGUUGGCCUUGAACUCUUGAUCUUCCUGCUUCCUCCUCCCAAGUGCUGGGAUUGAAGGUGUGUCACCACUCAUGGCCUGGCCUCUACAGUUAACUAAUGGCUAGCUCCACCCUCUGAUCUCCAGGCAAGCUUUAUUUGUCAGAACACAAAAUAUCACACAACAGUAGCAUGAAGAUACAGUCUUCACCUCAAGUUACAGAACCGAAAAUCAACCCAGCCCGAAUGAGUGAGUGCGGAAACACACCUAUCUCAACCCUUGCCUCAUUUUCCUUCCAGUCCCUGUGAGCAUAGCUUGAAUUCUUAAGCCAGAAUGUGAAGGCCCUGUAAGACUGCACUCCCUUGCUCCUUAACUGCUUGGUAAUAGUCCUUCAAAUCAGAGGCACAAUGCUUGCCAAUUAAACUAUUUGGAUAAUCAUACAGAAUUUGGCCACAACUGGAGUUUUAACCCUGUCUCCUCAGUUUAACUCCUUAAACUUGUCAGCUUUUUUAAGUCAGUUUGUAAAACACCUCAUACCUCAGAUGUUUAGACAGAUUAUCUUCACAAAUAUUAAAUAAGCCUUCAAAGUAGCACUAGGUCUAGCUGCCUCUAAAUUACACUUUUAAUUAUCACAAAUUUGAUUAUCACAGGACAAUCUCACAAGUUCGAAGAAAUAACCUUUUAAUGACUAUUGUCGUAAAAAGCCCAUUGCCAUGUCCAACCACAUAGGUAUUUCAUCAACUUUGUGAUGACAUUUUUUUCAAAUGUUAACAUCCCUGAAUUGGGCUGCUUUAUAAUCAGUAGUGAUGGUUUACUUGAUAACAUUUUUUCCUUACUGGUACACAAAGGUUGUCAUAGUUACUGAUGGCUUGGAUUAGGUGAACCACUGUUUAAGUCAGAAGACUUUCCCAGAGUAAGCAAGCAUUCUUUUGACUCCAUUUGCUUUCUCUCCCUACCCCUGGAUGACUAAACAAACAAACAAACAAACAAACAGUUUCUGGUGUAGCAGAUGCUUUUCUGCAUAAGUGAGCUUCAAGAAAUUAAUGGUCAAACUAAUUAAAGGGUCAGUACUGUUAGGAAAUACUAAUCAAGUUCCAGAAAUACAAGAAUCUUAAGACGACGUUUUUUUUCUCAAUGGGGGAUGGCAAUCUUAGCACUCAGGAAACAGAGUCUGGAGGACAGCGUUCAAUGCCAGCUGGGGCUCUGGAGCAAGAACAUCUCAAAAACAACAAAAAUCCCCACCCUUCUGUAUGCAUGUCCAUUUCCAUAGCUGUCUAUCAAUCAAUGAUCUCAAACAGUUCAUUUGCUACUAGUUACCUACUAUGUAAAAUCUUUAAAAACUGUUUAAAUUGAUUUAAUUUUAUGUGUAUGUGUUUUGCUUAAACUAUUAAAAACAAGGAAAGCACCA